AUGGAUACAUUAUUAUCUUCUUUGGCUAGAUCCACUAGAAUGCGAGAGGAGGGGGAAGCAGAAGAGCGAGUGGGGAGUCCUAACAAUACUGCAAUUUCGGAUCCUUCACAGGCACCAAUACCUGCAGCGACUAAUAUGGAAAAAGAUCCCUUCAUAACUCCUUCACGACCACCAACAAAAACGCUAGAUAUACCAACACUCACGCGUAGUGGCCCAAUAAAACAGCCCUCAUUCACUCAUCCACCACACGUAGACGGCAGAUCUACAUCUUCAGCAUGCUCAUCACCAGCCAACUCCCUUUUACCAAACACAUUUCUCAGAUCUCUACACCUGACGCCCUCUUCAGCAUCACUGGGAUACGAGGCUUCUGUAGCAAUUGCUUCGGUUGAGGCUGCAGAACGCGUGAGGGAGCGAUCAGCGAGGCAUAUACGGCAUCGAUCUGUGUCAAUCACAUCGGUUGGGGCACCGUUUUGGAGCUGGGAAUAUCUGGAUUCCAUAUGUGAGGAUGAACGACGACAACCGUUUGAUGGGUUGCCGGUAGUGCAGAAUUAUGGUGCUGCUGGUGCGCGGAAUCAUGUUGUGGAACCGACUCCUUUGCCGAAGAGUAUUCUCUUUGUGCUAUGCAUUAUAAUAUUUUCAGAGCCUAUGAGCAUGACAAUCCUCUUUCCGUUCGUGUACUUUAUGGUACGAGACUUUGGAAUGACGGACGAGAAAGACAUUGGAUUCUAUGUGGGAUUUAUCGCUUCUGCCUUCAGCUUGGCUCAAUUCUUGACCUCCAUUUGGUGGGGAUGGCUAUCUGACAAAAUUGGACGACGACCAGUGUUAUUGAUUGGCCUACUGGGCAACGCGUUGUCUGUAAUACUUUUCGGAACAAGCAAUUCGUUGAGAUGGUGUAUAUUGUCGAGAGCUCUGUGUGGUUUCUUAAACGGAAACAUAGGAGUUGCGAAAUGUGUCAUGGGCGAAGUAACUGAUUCUACAAACCAAGCCAAAGGAUUCAGUAUCUUUGGACUCGUAUGGGGAGUUGGAUCAAUAAUGGGGCCUGUCAUUGGCGGCGUCCUGGCCAAACCAGCCGAAAAAUGGCCAGAAAUAUUCGCACCCUUCCCCCUCCUCGUCAAGUACCCCUACCUACUUCCUUGCAUAGUUUCUGCAUUCAUCAGCUGUAUCGGCCUCGUAGUCGGUUGCGUGUUUCUCGAAGAGACAGCACCUGGCAGAGGAAGUGGUACAUUCUCACAACGGGGACUAUCACAUACAGCAGAGGAAGAACGACCGUUGCUCAGUAACAGCACAACAGCACCAUCAGAUAUAGUUAUUGAAGACGAGACUGAUCAGUGUCGUGCCGAGUUAUCACGAUGGGAGUCUGAUGCGACAGCUGUUGGCGAAUCGCAAGUUGCAGGUACCAAGACUGGGAAACCGGAUGCUUUGUGGUCGAUUGGAAGUGUUGCGAAAAAGACAAUAUUUGCGUAUUCUAUGCUGUCGUUUCAGAAUAUCAUGUUGGAUGAAGUGUUUUCGUUGUGGACUGUUACACCUCCGAGAGAUGGUGGUCUCGGAUUCACAUCAACAGACAUUGGAUUCUCGCUCUCGAUCAUGGGAGUUGUGACACUCAUAUGCCAGCUCGGUCUAUACCCAUCUCUAUCCCGUCGCUUUGGAGCUGCUACAUUGUAUAGAAUAGCAAUGCCCUGUUACAUAUUCGUUUUCCUUGCAUACCCUCUGGUCUCUACCUAUGUGUCUACCGGUGAAGGAGGAAGUCGUGAUGGUUUCGUAUGGCCCGUGUUGUUACUAGUCAUGACGUGCCGAACAUUUUUGAAUGUUUGUGCAUUUACGAGUAUCAUGAUUAUGAUCAACAAUGCAGCACCCUUGGGCAAACUAGGAAUAGUAAACGGCAUCAGUCAAACAUCUGCUGCGUUUGUUAGGAGUGUUGGACCAUGUCUCGGUGGCUCAUUAUGGGCCUGGAGUCUCACAAACAGCCAAGCAUUCCCACUAAACCACUGGUUUGUCUUCUUCUUUCUCAUGGUGAUGGGAUCUCUCGCAUCUCUACAAAGCUGGAUUGUGCUGCCUUCUAUGGCCGAAACUUUAUCAAGACAAGAAUACGGUUCACUAUCAAGCGGACAUGUCUGA